AUGGCAGCUACUGCGACUUCCGAUAUUCCUAUUGAUGGCACUGGUGUCAUCAAGCUAGAUCCAUGGCUGGAGCCUUUCAGCGACGCCCUGAAGCGUCGGUUUGGGAAAGCGCAAGACUGGAUCAAGAAGAUCAAUGAAUUGGAGGGUGGCAUGGAUACCUUCACCAAGGGAUUUGACAAAUUCGGCUUCAAUGUACUGUCCAACGGCGACAUUCAGUACAGGGAGUGGGCACCAAACGCCAUCGAGGCAUACCUGGUUGGCGAAUUCAAUGAGUGGAAUCAAACGUCGCAUCCCAUGACCAAGGAUGCCUAUGGAUCAUUCACAAUUGUUCUGCCCUCGAAUGCUGGCCAGCCUGCCAUUUCACACAACUCCAAGAUCAAGAUUUCUCUGGUUUUACCGAGCGGUGAGCGAGUAGACAGGAUACCCGCGUGGAUCAAAUAUGUCACUCAGGACUUGAGCGUGUCGCCUGUCUAUGACGCACGCUUUUGGAACCCGCCCGUAUCGGAAAGGUACCAGUUCAAGCACCCACGUCCGAAGAAGCCCGAGAGCGCGCGUGUCUACGAAGCUCAUGUUGGUAUUUCGACGCCCGAACAGCGAGUUGCUACUUACAAAGAGUUCACCCGAGACAUGCUACCCAGAAUUCAGAGCCUUGGCUACAACGUCAUCCAGCUCAUGGCCGUCAUGGAACAUGCUUACUAUGCUAGCUUUGGAUAUCAAAUCAACAACUUCUUCGCGGCUAGCAGCCGCUAUGGUCCUCCCGAGGACCUCAAGGAGCUCAUCGACACAGCGCACAGCAUGGGCAUCGUUGUCCUGCUCGAUGUUGUCCACAGCCAUGCGUCAAAGAAUGUCUUGGAUGGCCUUAAUAACUUUGACGGAACUGAUCAUCAAUACUUCCAUGGUGGAGGCAAAGGUAAUCAUGACCAGUGGGACAGCCGUCUUUUCAACUAUGGUCACCACGAAGUGAUGCGCUUUCUGCUUAGCAACCUUCGGUUCUGGAUGCAGGAAUAUCAAUUCGAUGGCUUCCGCUUCGACGGAGUCACUAGUAUGCUGUACACUCACCACGGCAUUGGGGCCGGCUUCUCGGGAGGUUAUCAUGAGUAUUUUGGGCCGGAUGUCGACGAAGAAGCCGUCGUCUAUAUGAUGGUUGCAAACCAAAUGCUUCACUCCUACUUUCCAGAGUGCAUCACCAUUGCUGAGGAUGUAUCUGGAAUGCCUGCUCUGUGUGUUCCGGUGGAUCUUGGUGGUGUCGGCUUCGACUACCGCCUGGCCAUGGCAGUUCCCGACAUGUGGAUCAAGAUUCUGAAGGAACUGCAAGACGAGCAGUGGGAUCUUGCGAACAUCUGCUUCACUUUGACAAAUCGACGACAUGGCGAGAAGACAAUUGCAUACUGCGAGAGUCAUGACCAAGCCCUUGUUGGUGACAAGACAUUAAUGAUGCAUCUUUGCGACGCGGAGAUGUAUACAAACAUGUCUACUUUGUCACCCUUGACUCCAGUCAUUGACCGCGGUAUUGCUCUGCACAAAUUGAUUCGACUGCUCACUCAUAGCUUAGGUGGCGAGGGGUACCUCAACUUUGAAGGGAACGAAUUCGGUCAUCCAGAGUGGCUUGACUUUCCUCGCGAGGGAAACCAAAAUUCGUUUUGGUACGCCCGACGUCAGCUCAACCUCACCGAAGACCAUCUUUUGCGUUACCAAUUCUUGAACACAUUUGAUGGCUUGAUGAACAAUUGUGAAGCAAAAUACGGCUGGCUCCAUGCGCCUCAGGCAUACAUUUCCCUGAAGCAUGAAGGAGACAAGGUCAUUGUAUUUGAACGAGCCGGCCUCGUCUUCGUGUUCAAUUUCCAUCCCAACGAAAGCUACAGCGACUAUCGAAUUGGCGUCGAUGUAGCCGGAACAUACAAGGUGAUCUUGCAGACCGACAGCAAGGACGUCGGUGGCCACAGCCGAAUUGAUGAAAGUGUUCGCUUUUUCACUACUCCGAUGGAGUGGAAUGGACGAAAGAACUGGACGCAGGUUUACAUCCCGUCCAGAACGGCACUGGUUCUGGCGCGCGAGGACGCCGUUGCCCAGCACCACAGGAUUAGGGAAGAUGAGCUUGCUGGCGCGUGGCCAUUACGGUCGGAACUCCCUAAAUUCGCCGAGCAUUUCGGAGUCGCACUGUAUACUUCGAGUCUGGAUCUUCGAAAACCAGUCCUAAAAGCCCCAAUGCACUUUAUUCUCCCCAGGUUCAACCAAUCUCUCUCCACUCCCAUCACUGAUCGCUCUCUGUCAUCUGGCAAGAUGUUCAAGAGCGGCAUUUCCUCAUUCGCCCGCGCUGCCCGCCCGUCCUUCGCGACGGCGGCUCCUCGCCGUGCCAUCCGACCUGCUUCUAUCCGAUUCCCUCUCAACAGCAGAUUCGCGAGCACAUCUGGUGUUGGUGAUGGCAAGAUUUACCAGGUCAUUGGUGCCGUCGUCGACGUCAAGUUCGACACCGCCAAGCUUCCCCCUAUUCUGAACGCUCUGGAGACCCAGAACAACAACCAGAAGCUCGUCCUGGAAGUCGCUCAACACUUGGGUGAGAGCGUCGUUCGCUGCAUUGCCAUGGACGGUACUGAGGGUCUCGUCCGUGGUGCCAAGGCUUCUGACACCGGUGCCCCCAUCACCAUUCCCGUCGGCCCUGCCACUCUCGGUCGUAUCAUUAACGUCACUGGUGACCCCAUUGACGAGCGUGGUCCUAUCAAGACUGACAAGUUCCUGCCUAUCCACACCGAGCCCCCGGAGUUCAUCGACCAGUCGACUUCCGCUGAGAUUCUGAUCACCGGUAUCAAGGUCGUCGAUCUGCUUGCCCCUUACGCCCGUGGUGGUAAGAUUGGUCUGUUCGGUGGUGCUGGUGUCGGCAAGACCGUCUUCAUUCAGGAGCUUAUCAACAACAUCGCCAAGGCUCACGGUGGUUACUCCGUCUUCACUGGUGUCGGUGAGCGUACCCGUGAGGGUAACGAUCUGUACCACGAAAUGCAGGAGACCUCCGUCAUUCAGCUUGAUGGAGAGUCCAAGGUCGCCCUGGUGUUCGGUCAGAUGAACGAGCCCCCCGGUGCCCGUGCCCGUGUUGCCCUGACUGGUCUUACGAUUGCCGAAUACUUCCGUGACCAGGAAGGCCAGGAUGUGCUGCUCUUCAUUGACAACAUUUUCCGUUUCACCCAGGCCGGUUCUGAGGUGUCUGCUCUGCUUGGUCGCAUUCCCUCCGCCGUCGGAUACCAGCCUACCCUCGCCGUCGACAUGGGUCAGAUGCAGGAGCGUAUUACCACUACCAAGAAGGGCUCUAUUACCUCCGUCCAGGCCGUUUACGUCCCUGCUGACGAUUUGACUGAUCCCGCCCCUGCCACCACCUUCGCCCAUUUGGACGCCACCACUGUCUUGUCCCGUGGUAUCUCCGAGCUGGGUAUCUACCCCGCUGUCGACCCUCUCGACUCUACCUCCCGUAUGCUUGACCCCCGUAUCGUUGGUCAGGAGCACUACGACACCGCCACUCGCGUCCAGCAGAUCCUCCAGGAGUACAAGGGUCUUCAGGAUAUCAUUGCUAUUCUGGGUAUGGACGAACUUUCUGAGGCCGAUAAGCUCACUGUUGAGCGUGCCCGUAAGAUCCAGCGUUUCCUGAGCCAGCCUUUCACUGUUGCCCAGGUCUUCACUGGUAUCGAGGGUGUUCUCGUCGACCUCAAGGACACCAUUGCCUCGUUCAAGGCUAUCCUGAGCGGUGAGGGUGACAGCCUUCCCGAGGGUGCUUUCUACAUGGUUGGUGACCUUGCCUCCGCCAGAGUGAAGGGUGAGAAGAUUCUUGCCGAUUUGGAGAAGAACUAA